UUUCUUUGAUCCAAUAAUGGUUAGGCCUUUAUUGUCUUGGCUUGCUUCGGUGCUAUACCCAAAAUACAAUAAACGUACUCCCGGAUUCGCCAUGUCGACCCAAGAAAUGGGUGAUCAUGUACGAUACCCUCCAUCACAUCCAAUCUCCUCUUUUGUUUAAGAGCCGUAUGAAUAACCACAACUUCAGUGACUCUUCCCUCAUCUGUUGGGUCCUGGAGUCCCUCUUGUCAGACACUACACUUGCCUGCACUUUGUACGUACUACGUAGAGUCUGGCACCUACGACCAUCUGUAACACAUCAUACUUAAUACCCAUCGUUAUGGCAUCACACACAUACCCUCCCCCUGAACCUCGUACUUUUCCACCCCCAACCAACAACACUCUGUCGUCGAAAGAGCGCUCUGCACUCGUGCGCUCGACCAAGAAGAUAGGUCGUAUGCUCGGCGAUAUCCCGCGAUUCGUCGACGAUAUCGAAGAUCAAUUCGUCAUGGUAACGCCCCCAAGACCGCCCACUCCAGCUGGACCCUCCAAAGAAGACGCAUGGAGAAGUCGUAAACCAACUCACCUUCCCCCGAUCAUGAGGCUCUCUGGUGGUAUUGCCGUGGACUCCAACUCUCCACCCAUACCUUCACGUACUGCACCUGUACGGCGCACUAGCGUCGUAUCAACUUCCUCUAACAAAUCUUCCAUUCACGAACAGCUUCACACUCCAUCCAAGGAGGCUGCACACAGGCGCAGCAAAAUGGAACGGUUACGAAAGAGACUAGGUGAAGAGGUUCCAAUGGAAGCCGUUUUUCCACCUACCCCUGUCCCGAGGACAGCCGUCUCACAUACCACAAUGCCCGAACGCUCACGCAACCAUAGCCGCUCGCGGUCUGUGCACCCUUCACAUGACGAUACUGUCACAUUCUCGAUAGAUCAACACACUGUCGUUCUCAAAACCACCACACGAGCCAAUCAGCCUCACUCACCUCAUCCUCAUCGUUCUCACCAUCCGCACAAAUCCGCACAUCGCCCGCCGUCAAUGCCUAUGACCGGGCUACCACCGUUGCCCAAGUCCAAGCUUCCCCGCACCUCGGAUGAAAUGGGCCUAUUAGGCGUAAGAGCCAAAACGGCGGCAGGCUCUAAACUCGGUGGUGCAGAAUUCAAGGCCGCAAGGCGUGCCAAACGGGAGGGCUUUGGUGAAGUGGAGAUGGUCGGGUUCAUGGGUGGUUUUUAGGCCUUGCUCUGGGCCUCCACUAUGUGGUCAUGGUGGAUAUAUGCAUGUACGGUGCUCUCGCAUGGAGCCAUUCUAUGCUCUGGGAAUCUUGAGGUUCCGGUAUGCGGAUCUAUGCGAGUCUGGGUAUGUUUUCAUGUUGUCUGUCUAUGCCGUCAAUCGUUUUCUCUUCAUGACAAUACGCACUACACACCAUUGGGCUGGACCCUGUAUCGACUGACGAACGUUGCCUCCAAUGAUGCUUUCCUACACUAUAAUGUCAGUAGUUCUAAUAUUUUCACCUAGUUUUUCAGCAGUCGAAUCAGAAUGUACUCCUCAUCAGAUUGAUAUUAAGUAGUCGUGGGAACUACAAUUUUGCGAAUAUGAUAACCAGUUUAUUCCGUCCGGUCCCG